AUGCUUUUGCAAACGGUGUGCCGGUGCCACCAUCCUCCGCCAUUAAAGCCCCAGUACUGUCCUUUUUCUAACUCCCUACUCUUAAAACCCACCUCAAUUUCCCAUUCAACUUCAACGAUUUCAAUUAACCAUUUCAUCUUCAACCUACCCCCUGCUUCCAAGUUCAAGCACCAAUAUGGGUCUCUCACCAUACUCAAACCCUUCCGAUGCCGGAAUCCUAUGUGUAAUUCUGGUGAAAACCGCCAUGUCGAUAUCUUUCAUGAAGGAGAUCCUUCGUUCCAUCCUUAAUCUCGUCGGAAUCCAUUUCCCGGGGUGGGAGGAUGUUUCCGAUCAAAGCUUCACAGAGUCACCGGAAUGCCGUGGAACACCAUCAACGAGUUACAUGGAGGAGUUCAGAAGCCGGACACCAACACUCCGGUACGACUCCCUCCUCUCUUCUCCCCUCACCAGACAAGAAUGCUCCGUCUGCUUGAUUGAAUUCAAACCAGACGCAGAGAUAAACCACCUCUCCUGUGGACACGUUUUCCAUAAAUCAUGUCUCGAGAAAUGGUUAAAAUACUGGAACACCACUUGUCCUCUGUGUCGAAACCACAUGAUGGCGCCUUUAGAAUCCGAAGAAAACACCUGUCCGAUGUGAUCGUGAUAUCGUGAUCGAGUUUAGAUUUGUUAGGAGUAUAGUCA